CCAUCCCCAAACUCUUCCUCCAUCCGCCGCCGCCACACGUUGCCUCUCCUUGUCCCCGUCUCUGCCGCCACGCCUCUCGUCUCCUCGUCCCUGUCCUCCGACUUCACCUCCCCACCUCCAACCGAUGACAGUGGCCCGAGAUCCAUGGUGACAGUGGUUGCAGCGGCCCCAUGGAAACGGUGGCCAACCCUAGCCACUACGCGGCCUCGCAAUCCAGAGAUUUGGAGCAGCAAGCAUUGGACGAGCAGAGGACGACGACCGUGACCUGCAGGAGGCCCGAGCUCGACCACGCCGGCGACGGUGAUUCCCCACACAAGAUCAACAGGAGCUCUCCGCCUCUCCAGUUAGUUCCAUGGACAGCGACAACCGAGACCCCAUGCUCGAGCCUGACAAGCUGGGCGAGCUCGACGAGGUCGUCCGCCCCGUCCUCCAUCCACCAUGAUUUCCCACAGAUCAAGGUAAUAUUGGGAAGCUAGCUACUUCAUGCUGCACAUGAAAAUGCCAUGACAUGAUGGUUGCCAUCAGGAGGGCCCAAUAGGAAGAAUCUAAAUAUCAACCUUGAUAGUAUGUAUGUUCUGUUGAUGUAACAUGAAUUUUACUAAUUCCCAAACGUGAUGUGUGAUAUAUUUUUUCAA